AUGAGACAAUGGACGACUCUGAUGGGCGGCAUCAACAGCCUCCAGUUGAACACAGCACCACAACCAAUAGAACUUAAAGACGACGACGAGGUCCUCGUCAACAUAGAUCGCGUAGCUCUGAAUCGUCGCGAUGCCAAAAUCAUAAACGGCGAUUUCAAAGACUCCUAUCCCGAUCCAUCACACCCCCUUAUCCCAGCCUCUGAUGCCAGCGGCACAAUAGUGCAAGUCAGUAACUCCAUCGCUGCCGCAGGAAGAUGGAAAAGGGGCGAUUGA